GCGAAAUGAAGGCGCUGCAGUUCGUCGCAGCCUUUGCCAUCAUAUAUGUGGCAACGCCGGUGAAGGUCUCGGACGACGACCCGGCGACGUGGCUGCGCGAGAUUUUUGGACCCGCCCCGGGCGCGCCGCCGCCGCCGGGCGAGGCCGCCGCCGCGCCCGCCGCUCCCGCGGACCGGGCGGUGGCGCGGGCGACCCGCACGUGGCGGUCGGAGCUGCAG